AGUAUAUACUCUAAAUGGAUGACGAAGCAAUCAUACGGAAUCGUCUCGCCGUAGAAGAGCGCCCAUUCAAGAGUCUUGUCUUGCGAUACAAGGCAUGGACGAAUUCCAUAAACAGUGAUACUCGAGAAAACAUAGAACACGGCUACGAGGCGAUAUUGAUCCAGAUUGCACAAUAUGAAUUAGCCAUGAAGCAGCACCAGCUAAUGCACCAAAUGAACGAACGCGAAGUUAGGAACUAUCAGAACGAAGUGUCUCGAAUAGCGACGGAAAUUGAGGACACACAAUCACACAUCAGUAAACUUAAGCAGGAUCUCGAAAGAGCAAAUGAAAUACGAAAUAACAAAUUGGAAUACGACCGUAUCGCUCACGAUAUAUUACAGUUAGAGGAUCGCGACACGUAUAAUAAAAACAUUUUGCAAAUGCGGGCAGAUAUUGAUCUGCUGAAGGAAGAAAAGGCUAAGCAAAGCGCAGUGUUCAAGAACAGAAAAGAACAGUUCAGUAAUUUAUUAGCAGUGGUGAAGGAAUUACAAACGUCCAUUACAAACGAAAGGGAGUCUACAAAUGAAAUGAAAAACAUUGUUCUCAACAUGGAUGAUGGCUUCGAUGAUAGAUCAGAUGAAGGUACCCCAACGCCCGCCGCGGCAGUCGAUACGGCUGAUGCUGAAAUGGAAGAGAAGGAGAAGACCGCUUCUAGCCACCGAUUUUCUGAAAGAGAUGAAGACGCAGAUGAGGAAGGCAUGGUGGAAGACGGCGAAGAAGGUGCAUAAAUAUUCCCCGUCCAUACGACAAGAUAUGUCACUGCAAUGCCCGCUACAGACCAAGAGUGCUUCUUUCUUUCGCCUUCACUUUGCUUUCGCGUAUUUGCAAGUACUUGUUAUUAUAAUUUUUUGGUUGUUUUUUUAAAAGUAAAAAGAAGAAGUCAAGUUUGUUUAUAAUAUAGGUUUGCCCAUAAACUGGCGAUUACAUUGCAACGCGUAUGUACAAUAUGGAAUUAAAUUGGUAUGAACUGCUGGUAUCUCAGUUCUUUAGCAAACUUUGAACGACAUGGCUCACUUUGAGAUUUUUCAAAUCUGUGUACGUCUGACCCGUGCCUACAAAAUAGAUGGGCUGUCCUGUAGUAUAUGUCAUAGACAAUGCGGCGCCAAC